AAUUCUCCGUCGUGCCGGACGUCAUCAUACGUGACACGGGCCAGAUCGUGCACGUUCCGCAUCUCGCGUAUUUCUCGCUAUGCCAAACCGAGCCGAGCCGAGUUAAACCGAGUCGAACUGAGCUGAGCUGAGCUGAUUUGAGUUGAAUUGAGUUGAAUUGAGUUGAGUUGAUUUGAGUUGAUUUGGACUGGACUGGAGCUGAGUAGCGCGUGAAAUCGUCGCCAACGUCGCCGUCCUCAUCGUCGUGCGUGUCAGUGUGCGCGUUCCUCGACCCUCCGGGUCGACCCGCCAAGUGUGUGUGUGUGUGUGUGUGUGUGUGUGUAUAUGUGUGUAUACAUAUACAUGUGCGUGUGCAUGUGCGUGUGUGCAUGCGUGCGGGGAUUACCGUGAAGUGGGAACGGCAACAGCGAUCGUCGUCGACCGUCGCUCCGGGCUCGUCUCGUUGCGUGUACUCGCACAUCUUUCUCCUCUUUCCCGUCUUCCUUCUCUCUCGAUCCUCGCUCCUUCUUCCCACGAUCGUUCUAUCUCGCUCCCCCUUCGCGCGGUCGCCUAGGAUAUUCCCGAUACCUGAGACGGGUUCGCGUGCGCGAACCGCGUACGGUGUGGCUACAUUGGCUCCGCUGCGAUGAGGGAUCUCGGCAGGAAAUUCAUGGACGGAGCUGUGUUCAGGUGACGGAAAUACAAAAUGUCUUCAGUCGAUACACGAUCGAUAAGAAUGCCCGAAGAAAUGGAUUUGUAUGUAUCGCAUGAACCAAAUGAUGCCUUGAGACAGGAAUGCCGAUUUACGUUGGAUGCAUCUAGCACUCUGGAAUCAUCCUCCAUGUAUGGCGAUUUUGCAAUAUGUUACGACGGUCAUGCUGCAUCCAAAACCGUUGAUGCCGUCCUAUUCGAAAGGGAUAUUAUCGCAACACUAGACAACGAGCCGAACAAUGUGGCUCAUAGCUUGUUCCAGGACACUUUGCUAGCUUAUGAUGUCCCUUCAACCAAUUUAUGCUCGUUGCAAGAAGAAUCGAUUUGCUCCAUUUCUUCUUGUGAUCAUGGACGUGAUAUAAGUGUAAUGCACCACCGAAAUCAUCACGAUUCUACGCGAACGAAUGACGCCAUGAGACAUUCUCGUCUAUCGAAUGCAUUUUCGACGAAAUUCGGUAUCAAUCAAAUGUUAGGAUUAACGUUUGCUAAUUUGAUAACGAACUGUACAGUGAGAAGAUGGCGAACCUGUUUUCUUCUCUUAAUCUAUCUAUUUUCUAUGACACCGUGUUCAGCAAAUCGUUGUUCUGUUGGAUUAAACACACCAGGAUGGACCUGGCCGCAAGGUGAUAUCAUUGUCAAAUAUGGUGAUCCAUUGAAAAUGUAUUGUAUAUUGAAUCAGACGAUCGUAGAUACUUUCUAUCCUGGUAAAAGUUCGCAGAAUCUCGUAUUCUAUCGUAAUGAUGAAGAAUUGGGAUCAUCUUUCGUGACUAUUAUCAAUGAAACAACGUUAGAAUUAUACAUCGAAAAACCACCCGCCUCUGAUGACAUGUAUAAUUGCAAGUUAAUAUUAGACGACAAUGGCAGUGACGUGGCAGUUUGUCUUAAUAAGGUUGUAGUUGGAUAUCCACCAUCCAAACCGAAAAACUUCGAAUGUAUCGCCUACAAUUGGGAAAGUUUUCAUUGUACUUGGGAGCCACAACCUAAUUAUGUCUAUACGAAAUACGAAUUAAUGUUUUAUUUACCUGGAAGAAUAAGGGCGCUUUUUUAUUGCCCACUUGUGACUAUGAAGCCGAAUUCGUGCAUUUGGAGUAUACAUACCGAUCCAAUAUACAGGCAACCAUAUGCCUCCUAUACUUUCGUAUUGAAUGUAUCUAAUGCUUUCGGGAAUGAAAAUUAUACGUAUCGUGUUCAGCAUUAUCCUAAUGUUAUUCCAAACAAACCUUACAAUCUCACCUUAAUAAACAAAACAUCAGAAAGCGCAUGUUUGUACUGGGAAGUUCCUUUUCCGAUGGCGACAUUUCCAGUUGGCUUGCAUCAUAAAAUUAUGUAUCAAAAUCAAUGGGAUCAUGAAAAAAGUUGGAAGGGUUAUUUGGACUGGGUGCACGUACCUAGAAAUAUCAUGAUCUACAAUGUAACUGUGCCAGAUCCAUCUAAAGUAUAUCAAUUUGCAAUUUCUGUAAAUACCGAGAAAGGUAGCAGUGGCAUGAUAUGGUCAUCAUGCACGGUAAUUCAUAACAAGGUGCUAGGUAAAAUGAAGUCCGUCUGGAUUAAUCGCAUCGGAUCGACUUUCAUCGAAGUCGGUUGGAAGCUCGAUUGCUCGGAUCGCAUCGGGAUCAUCGAGGGAUUCAAAGUUUAUUAUUGUCCUAUAAUGUCGCCAUUAAAUGUCAACUGUAAUGGUCCUAUGUAUAAUAAGACGAUCUCCGCGGAUGCGCGGACGAUACAUGGUAUUGUCGACAAUUUGAAACCCUAUACUACGUAUAUGUUAAAUGUCGCAGUGAUGACGAAGAGCGGUGAAGGUCUACGUAGUGAUCCUCUAUAUAAUACCACUCUUGAAGCGGCACCCAGCAGUCCACCAUUAUACGUAAGACUUACCGAAGUGACGAACACGACGAUGUUUAUCACAUGGAAAAAGCCAUCGGCGAUGAAUGGUGUACUCAGAUAUUAUCAAGUCGAGUACAAUGGUAAUAUCAAGGAAGUGGAAGAAGGGAAUCAUAUUAAACUCAUUGGUUUAAAGCCAUACACGGAAUAUACUAUUAAAGUUUCCGCUUGUACCGUAAAAUGCAGCGAAAAAUCAGAGAUAAUACGUCACUAUACAAAUAUCGGUGUACCUGGCAAAAUUAAUAUUCCCCAAGUGCGCUUCAUAAAUUCCAGUCAAGUGAUGGUCCAAUGGGAACCACCGCAAGAACCCGCUGGUCCGAUACAAUCCAUGUAUUACGAGGUAGAAUAUGGAGACAAUAUGAUUCAAAAUGUCACUAAAAGAGAAGUGCAUUUGCCCAUUCCCGAUUGCAAAAAUGUCGAACACCGAGAGCAAAAACACAAAUUCCGAAUUAGAGCCAUUAACAUCAAUCGUAAUGGCGAGAUUUUGAAAGGACCCUGGUCCGAAUCUGGGGAGGGAAAUUGUUACAAUAACGGAUUGUCGUACGUCGCAUUGGUUAUUAUAUGGAUAGUUGGCAUCUGUAGCAUCACAGCGCUCAUUAUAUGUCUCGUGUGUACUUGUAAAAGAAUGUGGAUAAAAUGUCGAGCUAUGCGAGAUGUCGAAGUGAAAUUACCGCCUGGACUCGCUCCAGAUAUGAAGUUACUUGAAACAAAUCCCGAGCAACACACACGGCAACAUACACCGUCUGCCGACUCGAGCGGUUGUUCGAGUGGCCAAGAAUCCGUUACUUCGUCGCUCACAGCAGAAUCUCAGGUCUGCAGCGAUAGCGGCACCGAGGUAGAUGCGGUGCAUACGCCACCUGAUAAAGUGAAGAGUCAGCCUGUUCGGGAGCCGACUAAUCUGCGACAGAGAAGCGUUACACGUGGACCAACUCGCACCUGGGAGUUAACCUCAUAUGUUAAAGUUGGCAAUUCCGGAGAAACAAUUCUUGAGGAAACUGUGUCGCUGGCACGAUCAACAAAUAGUCUGUCUGAGAAUACAUCUCAGCAGCGAUCCAGUCUGGAAUAUGCCAGUAUGCCAUCCUCCUCAGAAGCGCUUCCAAACUUCGUAACGAGAAAGAAUAUCGACACUAUCAGCGGGAAUAGUGGCAAUAACAGUAGCAGUAAUAGUGAUGGUAGCCAAGGCAAUGAUAGUAACGAUGACAAUUACCGUGAUACCGCGUCGUUGCUCAAAGUUGUAAAUGAAAAAUUAUCUUUGGUUUCGGAACAGAAACAGAAGGAGAAGCAGAAAGAAAAACAGAAGGAGAAGCAGAAGCUAGCUGUCGAUGAUAUAGACAAAAAUUCAAUUAUUGAGUUGAACAAAAAGAUAGAAAUGUUGACGUCGCAUAUUAACCCCGAUAACACGACAAUGGCAAUACCAUACGUUCAAGCAGGCUUGAGAGACAAAUCACCUCCUUGUUUAUCCAAAUCUAUACAAGCUAGGAAUGCCAAUCUGAUGUGUGGCUCCUUUAAAACAAAAAAUAACCAGAAUUUAUGCAAGAAGGAAUAUGUGUCAUACUUUCCGACCAUCACCGAGAUAAUCGAUAACACUUUGACUUCGACAAGUCCGUACAUGUUCGCAUCUAUAGUUCCCGAAGGGAUGACGUUACCGGGUUUGAAAAUGGAUGAAGAAUCUCUAUCACAGAAGACGCCUCACGAUCCGCACAGUCCAACGAGUGAAUCCUCAUACAAUCCCGCGUGUUCCGUGCACGAAACGCAGGAACAGCGAAAAACGAAGCCACUCGUGGACAUGAUGGACAACAUCGAAGAAAACGAUAAUAAAGAUAAUAUAACAUUCUCCACCCCGUCUUGGUCGACAACGAAUACGGCAGUAGAAAAGAAGGAGCUGAACUCCGGCUAUACAACUAUCCCAUCGUCUUCCUCGGAAGGCCUUUCUCUUUCAGCGGAAACACCUUAUGUGCAACUGGAGCAACUGCCGCUAUCGUCAUCGCAGACAGCAAGAAAUCAGUUGGAUGAGCAGUACACACAAAUAACACAGGUGUCAAGUACAGUUCAGUGAGUUGAGGAGAUAGAAAUACUAUCAUCUUUUUCUCCUGUUUUUCGCGAUGAUGAUUACUGCCAUUUGCGUAAACGAACAAAAUAAGUGUUAACAUUGCGAUAUAUAUAAAGAUAUGAGAUGGUAUAAAAAACUGGGAUGUUACGCAUCUGAAUGUAAUUAUGAUGAUUGCGCGAAUUGACUGAGCUGAACAGCGACCUUUAACAACUUCGAAAGAAAAUUCUUUUGUCAACAUACGAAGAGAUUUAAGAGACUUUCCUCAUGAAAGGAAAUGUUUCAUAUUUGCUUCAAAAAUAAGACUGGAUUUAAGCAAAAUGAGAGAUCACUGACUUGGGAUCAAAUGAAUUAUCUCAGAUAUUUGUCCCUAAGUAAGAGAGUUUCAAAUUACAUUUGAAGACGCUUCCUUAAAAAAUUGUCGUUGCAAGAAAAGUUAUAUGCACAAAGCGUCUGUACAAAAGAUAAUAUACAUAAACGUGAUUCGCAGAGCUUUUAAGGAAGCAUUUUCUACUCUUCCGCCCAAGUUAGUGUCUUCACAUUCAAUUAUAUUUGUGUAUCCGGUGUGAUAUACAUGUGGUACAAUACGUUCGAGCGAUAAGAAUGUCAGAUCAGCAUUCUCGUUCACCAAAAUAUGUACCAAUACUGCUACUGUUACUUUUUUUAUAUUAUGUGCGUGAUCAAUGCGAUAUCAUGCCACGAGUUACAGUAAGUAAAUAGAUUAUAUAUAAAUAUGUAGUGUAUAUAUAUAUAUAUGUGUAUAUGUAUCAUAGACAUAGUUAAACUAUAUGUCUACGAUAUAUAGCCAGAUUGACGGACAGUUUAUUGCUGUCGAAAAACAAAUAAAUUUUGUUUAUUUCAGACGAUCUAUAAUUCAGAAUCAGAUGAUCUAUAACAGAAAUAAAUUCUUUCUUAACUCUGAGGCGUCCGAAAUUUUAGGAAAUUUGCGCUUUUAAUUCACGCACUACAUGAAUUAACGAUCUUGAAUGAUCUAUGAUUAAUGAUUUUAUAAUCAUUAUGACAUCCUGAAAAAAGCAGAUAUGCACAAUAUGAGAAAAUAACAUUAUGAAGUUUUUGUAAAAAAAAUAACUUUUUUAGUGUUUCCAAACAACAUCUCUUAAUAAUCGUAAUUCGAUUUAAUAAUUGCGAUUACUGUUAAAACAAGCUUUUUAAAUAUAUAAUAAAAUUGUAUAUAGUUUUGUUCUGAGAUUGCAGAAUAUAAAUAGAGUUAACACACGCACAGAUAAAAUGUUUUAACAUUUUAGCUACCCCAUCUUUUAUAUAUUACAAAUUUCCUUCCUUAAAUGCUCCAUCAAAAUUUAAGCUAAUAUUCUAUUCAUAAUUUUAUAUGUAAUACGACAAGAUUAAAGAACUAGAAUACAUGCAUAUAA